GUGGGUGUGGUGAGACCAGCUGGGACGGCAGAGCCGAGGCAGGUAACCCAGUGGAGGCCUGAAGACAUAUAAGGCCAGGGCCAGGGUGGCGGAGGAGAGGACCCUGGGCACGGAGCAGGCGGAGCAGCGGAGGGACUUAUUUUGUUUCCAAAUGGCUUCUUCCCUUUAUCAUCUCCUCCUUUUUGUUGGUCUCUGGACUGCCAUCUACUGCAAGCCCCCAUCCGAUCCCCACAGCAGAGGGUCUCCACGCCCUCCCUCUGCCAAGGACAGCCCUGCCUCCCUGGUGUCUUCUGGCAGUACCAACUUUGCCUUCCACCUGUACCGGAGACUGGCUCUGCACAGCCCGAGCCGGAACGUCUUCUUCUCCCCCGUGAGCAUCUCCACGUCCCUGGCCAUGCUGUCUCUGGGGGGCUACUCAGCCACCAAGGCUCAGAUCCUCAGGACCCUGGGCUUCAACCUGACAGUCACACCAGAAUCCGCCAUCCACCAGGGUUUCCAGCACCUGGUCCAUGCACUGAAUGCCCCCAACACAGAGCUGGACUUGAGGAUGGGCAGUGCCCUCUUUGUCAAAAAAGGGCUACAACUUCAGGCAAGUUUCCUAGACAGAGCCAAGAGGCUGUAUGGGUCAAAGGUCUUUUCCAUGGAUUUCUCCAACGCCUUCAGUGUCCAGAGGAUCAACAGAUAUGUGGAAAAGGAGACCAAAGGAAAGGUGACAAACUUAAUCCGAGACCUUGACCCUCUGACAGCCAUGGUCCUGGUGAACCACAUUCUCUUUAAAGCCAAGUGGAUGAAGCCCUUUAACCCUGCAGAUACCCACAGAAGCUUCCCAUUUCUGGUGGACAAACAGACCACCGUGCACGUCCCCAUGAUGCAGCAGAUGGAAACUUUUGCUUUUGGAGUAGACCCCCAGCUGAACUGCUCUGUGCUGCAGAUGGACUACAAGGGGGACACCAGGGCCCUCUUUGUCCUCCCUGGUGAGGGCCGGAUGCGGCAGCUGGAAAAGGCGUUGUCAACCAGGUUGCUGCGAAGGUGGAGCCACUUACUCCAGAAGAGGCAGAUAGAGGUCUUCAUCCCCAAAUUUUCCAUUUCUGCCUCCUACAACCUGGAAACCAUCCUCCCAAAGAUGGGCAUCCGUGAUGCCUUUGGCAAGAAUGCUGAUUUUUCUGGAAUUACAAAAACAGGCUUUCUGCAAGUUUCUAAAGCUACUCACAAAGCUGUGCUGGACAUCGGUGAGGAGGGGACAGAGGCUGCGGCAGCCACCGCCACCAAGCUCAUAGUCCGGUCCAAGGAUAGACCCUUUUCUACUGUCUUACGCCUUGACAAACCUUUCAUAGUUAUACUUAUGAAAGAAGAUAUAAACUCACCUCUCUUCAUAGGAAAAAUUGAGAAUCCCACUAAAGCCUAGUGGGAACCUGACCUGUUGAUCAAUCAUCCGCUUUUAAAGAUGCACAGGAAAUGACAUCCGGCACUGCCCGUGCUCCCAGGUGACCCUGAGAUCCUCCUCCUCCUGGUCCAAGUAUCCACCUCACCUGUACCUGGGAUGCUGUUCCCAGGUACAACAUCCGACUGACAGCAGAGGUCCUGGUCCCAAGCCCCAACCCAGGAACCAGGCAGUGCGGCCCUUUCUGCCAGCUCCCCACCGGGUUUGAGAAGCACGGCUGGGCCGGAAGCUCCACCCCUCAGAGCCCCGAAGGAUGCAGUGAGAGCGGGCAGCUAGAUUGCAGAAUUACGGUUGUGCAGUCAGAUGUGAAUCCAGCCACAGCAGGGCUCCUUCAGUACCUGCAGAGUCCUGUUUUGCCUGAUGGGCGACUCAGCGGCUGGGAUGCCACCCCAGGGCAUAGCAGCAGCUGCGUGAAUGAAUUCAUUCUUCAUUUGCUCAACAAUAACCUAGGAAGCAUUUCCUGUGCACUAGGAGUGAAUCAGCCGGAUGGGUCCCCGGGAUGUUGGACCUGAGUGGAGAAGGCAGGUCAGCCAAGCACAACAGAGUGAAAUCCACACAUCAGCAAGAUCUUGGCAGAUGAGGAGCCACAUCCCAACCACAGAAUUCCAGGGGAGUCACGGGAGGGCGGGGCCGUGUUGCAUGAGCAAGGAGAUUGGUGAGCCAGGAGUGAGCACAGGGGUUUGGGGGGACAGAGGGAAGACCUUUUGCCUGGGGCAUCCUGUGUCAUACACAGAAUGGCAGAAGCUGGGGCACAGAGGUCUGAGGAGGUAGACUGUGUGACGAGGGCACAGUGACCAAUGAAAGUGGUCUGGGCUUGGGGGCAGCAUGCAGGAAGCCAGCUGGACACUUCUGGCAGGAAAAUGACAAGGCCUGAAGGUGUCCCCUAGUGCUGGCCACCUUCCUAACUGACCCUGUCAGACAUGCACGUGUGCAUAGCCCGCUGGGUGCUCAGCUCCUCCCUGGUGCCUUGUGGAGCAAUAGACAGUGCCAUAGGCUAUAGUGACCCCUAGGCAGUGGCAUCUUUGAGCUGUUGCCACCAUCCCUCCUGAUUCCUGUAUCAGGUGCCAACAUCACCUCUCAGCUGCAGUAUAUCUGCAUGGGUAUCCAAAACCCAGAAACCCCUUUCCUGGGGUACCAGUGCCCCUACCAGCUCACAGAUGAAUCAUCUGAGGCUCACACUGGUUUCCCAUGCUCUUUUAUAUGGAAAUAGGGUGCAAGGGCUCCUGCUGGACAGGGGCACUGAGUUCCCACAUGCACCCCCAUCCCAUCUGGUCCACAUGAGUCCACUCCAAGCAGGAACUCCAAGCAGGAAGACAGAUGACUGGCCCAGGCCGCUGGCACAGGAUCAGAACCAGGAGCAGAGCCCAGCCACAGGAGGCGACAGCCGCAGGAGGGGCAGCCACAGCUGAGCUUCCUCUGUGAGGGUCACAGUGGAGGACAAGUCACCCUGCCUCUCAGCACAGGCCUCAUACAAGGCUUGGUGCUGUCCGUGCCCAGAAUAGCAGGCAUGGAGAACUGGCGAGGGACGUCUGGGUUGCUUAGAGCACAUCCUUUCCAGUGACCCUCGGAAGCACUGUGGUGGGGUGGGAGAGGGCCACCACCUCCCCCAGCCUCCUUGCAGGUGACACUGCAGCUGCAGGCUGGUGCUGCUCACCAGGACACAUGUGAGCCCGCAGGUGCAAACUCCACCACAGACCAGGUUUCCUUGCUUGGGGGGCUCCGCUCUCUGUGGACUGAGAUGCUUCUCUUCAUCUGUUUUCAAAUGCACCUCACUGUGGUUUUGACAUUUGAUGCAAUCAGGUAUUGUAGGACAUCAGCCUGAGUCAACUGUUUUCGGAGAAACAUUGGAUUACCCAAGAGGAGGAGGCUCAUCACCCCAUGCAGUGCCACUUGGGAGCACCGAGGUUGUUUUGGAGGAACAGGGCCAAGGGAAGGUGUGGGCAGGCCCUCUGGGACCGCAGCGUGGGAGGGAGAGGGUGGGACUGUCCCUAAGGGCUGGAGGUGAGAGAGCAUGAGGUGUGUGGUUGGAGGGUUAAAAAGACUCGCUCUCCUCACCCUGUUGUGGUUUCAUUUGAUGUUUAUUCUUUGUGAUAGUUCCUGUGCAAUCAGGGUUUUGUUCAUAAAGUCUUUGCCUACCUUUA